AUGUCGUGUCAGUCGCAAAAGUCAUGCGACGGCUGCGCCUGCAAAGGCGGCGCGGCAGCGGCGUCUCCCGUCAACAUCGAAGACUGCGAGACGGAGCUGCUUGCGCUACGGAAGAGGACGAUCGAUCUGGAGAAAGCGCUGGCGUCCAUGAAAGACGGAGAAGAAGGCGUGGUGCCCCGCGCGAAGAAGAAGAAGCUGCGGUCUGCGAACUGGUUUCGGUGCGAGAGCAAUCCGGGCAUGAUGGCUCUCUAUAUCGAGAGGUAUUUGAAUUAUGGCCUCACGCGGGAGGAGCUCAUGUCUGGGAAGCCCAUCAUUGGCAUCGCGCAGUCUGGGUCGGACCUGUCUCCGUGUAACCGGUACCAUUUGGAGCUGGUGAAGCGCGUUCGGGAGGGAAUUGGGGCUGCGGGGGGUAUCGCGUUUGAGUUUCCCACGCAUCCCAUCCAGGAGAGUAGUCGUCGGCCGACGGCUUGUCUUGAUCGGAAUUUGUCUUAUUUGGGUUUGGUGGAGAUCUUGUAUGGGUAUCCGUUGGAUGGUGUGGUGCUUUUGACUGGUUGUGACAAGACUACCCCGGCUGCUUUGAUGGCUGCGGCUACUAUUAACAUCCCUGCCAUCUGUCUGAAUGUCGGUCCGAUGUUGAACGGAUACGUGAAGAGCGACCUUGCCGGCUCCGGGAUGGUGCUCUGGAAAGGCCGCGAGAUGUACGCCGCCGGGGAGAUAAACCAGGAAGAGCUCGUCGACUACGUAUCCCGAGGCGCCCCUUCCGUCGGACACUGUAACACCAUGGGAACGGCAUCGACGAUGAAUGCCCUCGCAGAAGCCCUAGGAAUGGCCCUUCCAGGCUCCGCAGCCAUUCCAGCCCCGUACCGCGAACGAGGCCACUGCGCCUACGAGACCGGCGAGCGGAUUGUCGAGAUGGUCCAUUCAGAUCGCAAGCCGAGCGACAUCAUGACGCGCGAGGCCUUCGAAAACGUCAUCGUGGUCAACACCGCCAUCGGGGGCAGCACCAACGCCCCGAUCCACAUCAACGCCAUCGCCAAGCACAUCGGCGUCGACGUCUCACUGGACGACUGGGACAGACUCGGGUUCCACAUCCCUCUGCUGCUGAACAUGCAGCCUGCGGGCGAAUUUCUAGGCGAGGAAUACUUCCGGGCUGGGGGGCUACCAGCCAUCAUGGCGGAGCUGCUCGACGCGGGCAAGUUGCACGCGGGAACACUGACCUGUAACGGGCUCAGCGCGGGGGCAAACGUCAGCGGGAAGCACACUUGGGACCGGCGGAUAAUCAAAGCGUACGACGAGCCGAUAUUGGGCGACGCGGGCUUCCUUCACCUGCAGGGAACACUGUUCGACUCGGCCAUCAUGAAGACGUGCGUGAUUUCCGAACAGUUCCGCAAGACCUUUCUGGAGAACCCUGACGACCCGAUGGCCUUUGAAGGCACCGUCGUCGUCUUUGACGGGCCCGAACAUUACCACGAGAGGCUUGAGGAUCCAUCUACGCCUAUUGAUGAGAGGACUAUCUUGGUCAUGCGCGGGACGGGUCCGUUAGGCUUUCCGGGUGCAGCUGAGGUGGUCAACAUGCACCCCCCUGGACGACUUCUCCGGGGGGGUGUCAAAUCACUGCCCUGUAUUGGCGACGGGCGACAGUCGGGCACCUCUGGCUCACCAUCUAUUCUCAACGCGAGCCCCGAGGCUGCAGCCGGUGGGAAUCUAGGCGUCCUGCGUGACAAGGACCGGGUCCGAGUCGACCUCAAGCGACGACGCGUCGACAUCCUUGUCUCGACGGAGGAGCUAGAGAGGCGCAGGAUUGAACUGCAAACCCGGGGGGGCUAUGUCGCACCUGAGAGUCAGACCCCAUGGCAAGAGCUGUUCCGGAAAGAAACCGCGCAGUUGAGUGAGGGGAUGGUCCUCUCAGAGGCUGUCAAGUAUCAACGACUGGCUCAGAAAUACGAGGUUCCUCGACAUAACCAUUGA